CAUGAUGCCGACAGAAGGAUACAGGGAAUAAACGAAUGACUUGGAAUACUUUUUUCUUUUGUUUGUUUUCUAUCUUUUAUUAUUAUGUGUCCCGGGUUAAUUUUGUGCCAUUUUUAAUUUUUAAUGUCGAGGACUAGAGAGCGACCCAAACAAAUAUACUUUUCUUACACCUAAUCCGUCCUCCUCUUUUCUUUCUUAAUCAAAAUCCCCCGGCAGAGACUGAUGGACAUGUGGUGGAAAGUGGGGCUCGUGCUGGUGAUGUGUUGGGGUCUCACGAGCAGCGAAGCCCGCGAGGAGCACCGGGAGUCCCCGCCGCGCACCGCGAUGCUCCGAGCGCCCGUGGAAACGCUGGACUUUGGCUUCGUGCCGUCGGUGGUGUACGAGACACACGCGUAUUAUGAACCGGGUCCCAUGGGGAUUCUUUUCCACAUGGUCCACGCGUUUCUGUACGUGGUUCAGCCAAACCCCUUCCCCAAAGAUCUCAUUGUUAAAGUGAUGCAGCAGAACAUGGGAGGAAUUAAAGGAGAUGACUAUAAGAAGCCAGAGAAUGUUGUACUAUUACUUCAGACUAUAUACUAUGAGCUGGGCUUCAUAGUGCUGUCAGUGCUGGGGGUGUUUUUUGUGCUCCUCAUGCCUAUAGUGGGUCUGUGUUUCUGCGUGUGCCGCUGUUGUGAGAACUGUGGUGGUGAGAUGCAUCAGAGACAGAAGAAGAAUGGAGACUGCCUGCGUGGAUUUUACAUGGCCACACUCAUCGCCACCUCUGUCUUCCUCGCAGUGGGAGUGACAGUCGCCUAUGUAGCAAACCAGAACAUCACAUCUCAGAUCAAAAGCACCAGACGACUUGUCAGCACUAACAUAAGAGACCUGAAAGCUUUUGCCAACUACACACCUGCGCAAAUAGACUACCUCACUGCACAGUACACAACAGCCAAGAAUAAAGUAUUAUCAGACUUAGACAAUAUUGGGAGUCUGUUGGGUGGACAGAUUCAUAAUAAGCUGGAGAGUGAAGUGGUGCCUGCAUUAGACCACGCUCUUCGCAUGACAGCAGCCAUGCGGGAGACCAAAGAGUCAUUAGAGAGUGUGAGCACAUCACUGGAGACCCUGCAGGAGGGAACAGGCAGACUCCAGGUCUCUCUUCAGUCUGAGCGAGUGUCUCUCUCAAACACACUCAAUGACUGGGCCUGCUCUAAUGAAGAUGUAACACUCACCUGCAACUCCAUCCGCGGGACCCUCAGCCAACUCGCUCUUAAUGCAAACUUCAAUGGGUUGCCCGAUGUUGAGGCACCUUUAGCCAAUCUGGACGCGGUGCUUAAAACAGACCUCAGUAAUAUUGUUCAGAAGGGCUACUCUUCUUUUAAUGACACACCACAGUUGGUCAGGGAACAAACUAAAGGGAUUGUGUCAGAAGUGAAAGGGCUGCUGGAUAAAUCAGGUGCAGAGAUUAUUGGUUUCACAAAGAUGUUCCCGGUUGAGCCAGCACUUCAAAACUUCUCAAAGUUCCUGACAGAAAGCCAGAAGAAUAUUGAAGCAUACUAUCCACAGAUCGACCAGCUGGACUUCUACAGAUGGAUUGGGUGUGUGUUGAUCUGCUGUUUGGUUGUGCUGGUUCUGGCUUUUAAUUUUUUGGGUCUGCUGUGUGGAUCAUGUGGCUAUGAUAAAAACUCCACACCAACCACACGAGGCUGUUUGUCCAACACCGGAGGAAACCUACUGAUGGCGUCUGUUGGCUUCAGCUUCAUCUUCUCCUGGGUGCUCAUGGGAAUUGUGGUCACAACAUUUAUUGUUGGUGGAAACAUAGAGAAGCUUGUGUGUGAACCACUGGCUAACAGACAGAUUUUUAAGAUUAUUGAUACACCAUACAUGGUCCAUCCGGCAAAAAAAAACUUCCUUCCUGGCAUGCUGUUUCAAGAUCCCAACAUCGAUCUGACUGUUGGCAGUAUGUACAGAGAUUGUUACGAGAAUAAUGGUUUAUAUUCAGCUCUACAACUGGAGACCAAAUUCAACUUCAACAAGUUCCUCAAUGCCACAGUGUUCAACCCUGAAAUUGGCAAUAUAUUUAAUAAUGUGAAUGUGGAUCUGCAAGGAAUGCUUCUUCUGGAACAGGAGGGUAAAGACAACCUCAUCGACUUUGCCAACACAGGCAUUGGAGACAUUGACUACCAGGCUUAUUUAACAGAGGUGAAUAAGGGAGUGACAGUUGUGGAUCUUUUGUCCUACGCAAACGAACUUGACGCUCAAGCAGAUAACCUGCCACGUGGGGCUCUUGAGAAUGCACUGAAAGGUCAUGCCAGCAGUAUCAGACAAAUCCACAAAGAUCAAGUGGUGCCAAUGGAACAGGCUAUGAGCAAUUUAAAUCAAAGCAUCAGGCAACUGGAGAAAACAUCCAGAGAGCUGCCUGUUAAAGUGACAAAUGUAUUGAAUGCCAUCGAGGCAGCAGAAUAUCUCAUCUCCAACAAUGCCUCACAUGUGGUCAAACAGGAGUCGGAUAAAUUCAUUAAGAAAAUUACUGGAUACUUUUCCCAAUAUACGGAAUGGGUCAAACACUCACUGGCAAUGGAGGUCGCCCAGUGCAAACCUAUCAGCAACAUUGUGGACUCAGUAGAGAUUGUAGCCUGCAGCUUCAUUGUUGAUUCAGUGAACACAUUCUGGUUUGGGCUGGGAGGAUGUUGUGUGCUCCUCAUUCCUAGCAUCAUCAUGUCAAUAAAACUCGCCAAAUUCUACCGCAGGAUGGACACUGAGGACGUCUUUGAUGAUGGUUCUGAGAACUGGAGCUAAAGACAAUGUAGCAUGUCAAGGGAUUGUCUUUGUUCAUUCAGAUUCCAAGGACGACAAACAAAGACAGGCAAAAAGGGAAUAUUAUCAGCGAAAUGACAUGAUCAAAUCUUUAUUUCAGUCUCAAACAAUAAAUCCUGCUCAGACCUUAACUAAAGAAUUUCCAGCAUAUUCACCACACAGUUCGUCAUACUUGACAAACAGCAGUCGAAUCUUUUUUUAACACUUUCAACAAGUUUAUGAAAGUUUUGUACGUAUUUUGUUAAUAUCGGUUUUAUAAAACAUGUGCUUUAGACAACUGUGGGUACAUCUAGAUUUUGUAUUGGUCUUUCUAAACAUUUUAAAGCAGGAGUGAGAAAGAUCUGUGGUGAUUCUGUCUUGUUGAUGAUGAAAUCUGAACCAAACAGCCCAAGAUUGGUUGAAGCAGCUGAAGUAUUUACCUAGAAAAGUACUUCAUUUAUCAAGUUCUUUUGUGAAAUGUUACCUUUUUCUACAUUUUAUUGUUCAACAAAUGAAGUAUUAGGUUCAGAAAUUAGUCAAAUAAAACAAUUUGCACUAGAAACGCACUAGACAAUGCUCAUGUAUUUACAGACAAAUGAUCUGAAGCCAACAUCCUAAAAGACUGAUCCUUUAUGUUGGAAAUGUCAGUACUUUUGAUACAAGAUAAUUAUGCUACUAAACACAAAUAACUAUUGUAGAGCAGUUGGACAAUUUUGUUUUUGUUGUAUUUGUUUUCAUAUUUUUGAGUGUCUUACUUUUUUGUGUCCACAUUAAAUUGAAAAUAGUUACAUACGUCCAUCGUGUAAUGUACUGUCAUUUCUUUAAACGCAUGUUUCAGUACAGCAUACAGGUGUCAUGGAAUUCCAAACCAAAGUUUUUUUUUUCUUUAUAUUCCAAAAUUGAAGGUUUGUGAAUGAAAGCUGCAAUCUUAUUGUCUCAUUGAUAUUCAUAAACAUCUCUGUCACUCUCGUGGGUUUUGCUGUACACACAUUUUUACACUCAUUAUACUGAGGGUUUGGGAUUUUGCAGUGUACAACAUGAGAAUGUAAUCCCACUGAUACAUGGAGGAUGAAUGAAAGUUAC